GGGAGAUGAUCACUAUUCUCCCCUGUGAUAGUGGUGGUGGUGUUGGUGAUCCCUCACCAAUUUCUAAUGAUGAGGUAAUAUUUUUUCCUGAUAAACAAGAGAAACCUAAACGAGAGAAACGUGAGACUGUGAAAACAGUGAAAAAAGAAUUUCGUUUACGUCAUCAAAAAGAAUCAGAAUUAAAAGAUCUUAAAGCGACAUUUAAUGCAAAAUCAGAUUGUUUGGAUACUAAAUGGGAGAAAUUUAAUUUUGAUGAUGGUAAUAGAAAAAAUGACAACAAAGCGCCUUUAAAGACAAUUUCACAUCGUAAAUUAAAUCGUCGUAAGAAACGUUCAUCACAAGGUUGUUCUGAUCGGGAGAAUUCAAAAUUAAGCGACAGGAAUAAAGAAAAGGGGAAUUCAUCAAGUUCAGAAGCUUCUAAUGAUGUUCUUGAGGAGGCUGCUAGUAAGGAAGGGAUAAUGCGAUACGAAUAUGAUCUACAAAGCAACAACAACAAAUUAUCAAAAUCAAGGAAAUAUCUCUGGUUUAGUAAAAAUACAAAAGAUCAUCAUCAUCAUCAUCAUCAUAAUUUAAAAGGUAAUUGUCAGAUCGAUGUUGAAAAUGAAAAAAUUAAAUCAUUGAAAGUUAUGAAAACAUGCAGCCCUCACAAGAAACUUAAUAGAUCAUCACUGACAAUAGAAUCCGAUAAGAUCACAAUUAAUUUAUCAAAAUACUCUCCUUGCGCAAGUAGAUUGGCAGCAAGCUCAAAGAUCCUUUCAAAUGAAAGUGUAUCGAAUUCGGAGAGUCCUUUACAUUUACCCCAUUCAAGAAGUCCUUCUCACAUUAAUGUACAACCAGCAAAUUCAUUACCCUUGGAUAAAAUGUCAAUUCAGGCUAGUUUAUCAUUAAAUAUCCAUCAAUUUGAAAAAACACGCUCCAAUUCACGUAGUAGAAGUGUCGGCGAUAGUUGUGUCACAUCACCAACAAGCGAGGGCACAACACUCAGUUAUUCACCAACAGUAACUGAAAUCUUGUCAUUGGAAGAAGUAAUACCUCAAAUUUUAGUGACCGAAGAGUCAUCAAGUUACCUAGAUAUUAAAAGAAAAUCAGACAACAAUCUCUCUGAAAAGGCACGAAAAGCCACUUUAGAAACUAAAUGUUAGUCGGGUAGUUUCAAAUACAAUGUGUAUCAAAGUUGAACAAUCAACACAACUAUCGGGAAUUUCUCUUCCAUGUUAAUAAUAAUAAUAAUAUAAUAACGAGAGAGACGUCAGAGAGAUUUUUAUGUCCCAUCAAUGCUAUCGGGUGAUGUAGUGCCACUGAGACUAAACAUACCACAAUUUAUAAGAUUUAUUAUUGAUAUUUGUACGAAGUAAAGAUUAAGUGUAGUAUUUUUUGAGUGCUCGCUCGCUCGAUUAUUCGAGAGAAAAUGUUAUUGCGAAAAAAAAAGUAAAAAAAAAAAUAUGUUGAGUAUUAUUAUAUAUGAAAUUAGACAAUCAAUUGACUCGCGGGUAAUGAGAUCUUUUUGAUGAUGAUAUAGGAGAAUCAUAGUUAUCUUCGCACUGUGAUGCUCGAAUCGAAAAAUUAUCAUGCAAGUCUCGCUGCGAUAAUAUUCAUUCUAUACAAUGAUUAAAAAAAAAAAAAAAAAAUUAAAAAGUGCCAAAGAAAAGAGAUUACCGCUAAGCGACUGUUUUUUUUUUGUUUUCCCUUUUUUGUCUGCACUUGAACUUUUUAUUAAUUACACGCCUUUUAGCCAAGUGCUUUUCUCUUCUUAUAAACACUUGUUUCAAUCCUCCCCACCCAAAAAGUCUCAAUUACGAAAGUCGAUUGAUUUCUACUAUAUAGUAGUUUAUAGGUUUUUAUCUUGUGAUGAUCGCUCUUUAUUGUUGAAACUUUGCGUACACUUAAAAAAAAAAAAUAAGGCUUAAUAUUAACUCACGUAUCAUGAGUAGUGAGUUUCGAUGAGACUUUAAAAGAGAUAAUUUUUACCGAACACGAUGUUUUUAUUUUGAAAUUAAAAAAUGUUUUCUUCUCAAAAUUAUGUUUUAAAAUUUUUAUUUUUCUAGAUUUUUAUUUUAAAUUUUGUGUGUUUUCAAUUUCUUUUUUUUUUUAAAUUAAAUUCUUAACAAAGUAAAUUGUAGAUGAUAAACGAUAUUGAGGAUUAAAGCCUCUUUUAUCCAGAUCCAUUUUUUGGUAGGGAAAUACAAUGUUUAAUAAAUUUUAAGUCCUGUAAUUGUAAGAUUAGAAUUUCUAAUAAAAUUAAGUGCAUCGGUAAAAGACAAACACAAAUGAUACAUUUCCUUCCAUGGAAUGCUUUUUCUACGUAAAAUAAUUAUAAAAGUGAUAGGUAUAAUGAAUUCUACUCCAUGUGCACAAUUUUUUGUUUCUUUUGUUACAAUAGAUUGAUUAAAAAAGCAAAUUUAAUAUAGCCAAUAAAAAUGUGGCACAUCCCAUCUAAAUAGAGAAUAUUGAAUCUCUUCCAAUUAUUAUGAUAUGUGUAAAAACUAAACAAAAUAUUGUAAAAUUUGCAGAAAAUAAUCAUCAAUUUGGUGCGAUGAUGUUUGUGUCUUACUUGAUGUGUGCAAGAGAAAUUAUGAGAAAAAAAAAAAAAAGAAAAAAUGUAGCUCUGCAACGAGAGAUUUAGAGACAAUAUACUGCCAAACUCGUCUAUGAACUUGAAAAACUUCUAUUCAGAAAAUUAAUUGUCUGAAGAAGCCUUGAUUAAACCGUUUCUUAUUAGUAUUUUUGUAUAUGUACAUAUAUAAUAACAAAUCCAUUUUUUUUUCAUAUAUUCCGAGCCAGUGGAACAAAUACAAAAAUGAUUAAUGGAAUCAUUUGCAGAAAAUUUUACAUUAAGAAGUUGAGUCUAUUUUGAAAUAGUUUCUUCUUUACAUCACUGAAUGUUCGGUUUUUAUUUUUUUAUUUACAACUAAAAAUCAAAAAAAUGAAAGUGUUUUUUGCAAAAAAAAAAAAAAAAAAAAUCAUUGCCUACUUGGAGAAUUAAAAAACGUCUGAAUUGAAUGAUAUAAAUGUGUCAGCUGCCCUUAAUUUGUGAUCGAUAUUUAAAAAAAGAGAAGUGUCAGAUUGAAUAAUCUGGGUAAAAUUCCAUUGGUUCGUGAAAAAAAAAAAAAAAAUUGAAAUGGAAAUUCUCGACAUUAAUUUACUCUGCCUCUUAACAUGUGGAAUUUGCAUAAAAAUGUGUUAUCACUCUGAAUCUUUUUUCAUAGCGAGAGGGAUGCUCAAUUUUUGAGAGGAAGUUGCGCGCGAUGGUAUUUAUACUAUAUAUGUAUGUAAAUACGAUAAAAAAAAUAGAUUUUAGCAUCGAUAAGAAACCCUAAAAUCUAUAUAUCUAUAUAAAAAAAAAUCGGAGCGUCCAAUCGUUCGAUGUACUUAUCAAAAUCGAGUUGCGAAGACGUCGAAUCAAGAUUCGUACGAACAAGAUAUUACAAGGAAACAUGAUAGGAUAUAAUUUGUAAAAAAAAAAAAAAAAAACAAUUAAUGAAUCAGUUGAAAAAAAACUCAAUAAAAUGACACACGUAUAUACUUUAGUAUGUAAGGGUAUAGAUAAAAAAAAAAAAAAAGGAAAACCAAUUCUGUCAAAAAAGAUUGACAUUUUUGAGAAGAGAAAAUAUGAUAUACAAAUUAUAGACAAACUCUAAUCGUACCUAAAAACGGUAACUUAGUAUUUUAUACUUCCACCACAUUUCAACUAAGCAUUAUGUAUAAAAAAAAAAAAUUAUACUUUAAUCGUCUCGUCUUAUGUAUAAUUAUACGAUGUAAAUUCUACGAUAUAAAUGCAUUAUAUGCGUAGAAAACUCGUAAUCCCGUCGCUGCGUUAUAUUUUACAUUGUCGUUAAUAAUACAUUAUAAAGCACCGCUUUUCGUCUUUCUAACUUGAUCUUAUACCCGGUUUUAAUAGACUCAUCUGAAACCCUUAGUAGACAUUUUAUCAAUUUCCCUACACGCUCUCUUUUAGAACAUCAUUUUAUCCUUUGUUCAUCUAAAAUUCAUUUUAUUAAAAAAAAAAUUAUGUAACCGAAAAAAAACAUUCCUGGUGUUAUGUAUGAAUUUUUGUUUUUUUUUUAUUAUAAUUAUAUAUACAAUAAUUUGUAAAUAAUUAUUGUAAUUUAGUUUUUGUUUUUAAUCCUGUUUUUUUUUCACGGAAUGGGAGACCUUCCUUUUUACCAAUAAAAAUUAAGUUAAAAUUAGUUAACUUUUAUGUCUAUGACGAUCCAGUAUGCAAGAGUGAAUAUUAUAUGAAUUUUGCGUAAAGUUAGAAUGCGAUAUAAGCAAACAAAAAAAAAACAACUGUAUCUGUUUCAUGCAAAUCCAAGUCCUUCCGCAUAAGAACCGUUUGUGCAAUAAACAAUAAAUCAUUUGUAAAAUGA